UUAUUGUGUGCGUGAUUCAUUCCGCACUCAGAGAGUGAGUCACUCCCCCUUCCCACCUAUAGUCCCUCCUUCAAAGACCAAAAGUCCACCCUCUCUCUCACAGUCUUCUUCUUUCUUCACCACUAAACCAUACUUCAAAAUGUCAACCAACACGCGACCACGACCCAACAACCUCAACCCCACACCACCACCACCACCCUUCGUCAUCAACAUCCUAGACCAUAACCUCCCUUACGACACCCACAAUCUCUACGACAUUACCCUCGACACCAACACCACCAUCCAAACCCUCCUCACCAUAUCCCCCACCCACGUCGACACCUGGUUCCUCGAAACCCAACGCCUCCACCUCCCUUCCCCCACAACAGUCGGCCUCGACAUCGAAUGGCGCCCUAACUCCCAACGCGGCCAAGACAACCCUACCGCCACUCUCCAACUCUGCAUCAACAACCGCUGCCUCGUUUUCCAGAUCAUCCACUCUCCCUACAUCCCCGAAUCCCUCUUAACCUUCCUCGCUAACCCUAACAACAGAUGCGUUGGCGUUGGAAUCGAAGCAGACGCUGAGAAGCUUCUAGAAGAUUAUAACAUCCACGUCGCCAAUUUCGUUGAUUUGCGCAACCUUGCUGCUGACGUGUUCAAUGAUCGUGAUAUGUUGAGGACUGGUAUUAAAACUUUGGCGCAACGCGUGCUUGGGAAGGUUGUUGAGAAACCGCAGCGGAUUACGAGGAGUAGGUGGGAUAAUCAGUGGCUUAAUGAGGAUCAGGUUAAGUAUGCUACUAUUGAUGCUUAUGUUUCAUUUGAGAUUGGUCGUCGUCUCUAUUCUAAUCGGGUUAUUCUAUGAUUCAUCUGUAACACUGUCGUUUUGCUGCGUUUGCUGUCGUAUUAUCUUUUUAUUUCUUAGCGUUCUUAGUUUUAAGGUUUAAUUUUUAGGGACUUUUUUACUUAUUGUGUUUUUCUCAUUCUGAUGAUUGUUGUUAUUCUGGAUUCAUUAAAGAAAAAUGUUAGGGGGGGACACAUUUGGGGUUUUGCUGUGGGUCUCGUGGAUUGCUUAAGCACAUAUUUGAUUCUACUUUUGAGUCAUCAAAAUGAAUUAUAUUUGAGGGCCUAGUUUUUUAGUACAA